AUGGCAAGCGUCAUCGAGAAUACGAAUGAGAAUAACAAGGGCGAGGAUUCCAAACGCUUGAGUAACGCUCUUGGGGAUUCAAGCAAAAUUCAAAUGUCUACCUGUGGCGAUAGUGAAAAUCGGGAAAAGAAUGGUGGCAUUGAAAAGAUUGGUCGAGAUAUCGGCCUGGAAGCGGCUAAUCAAAAUAAAGAGCUGGAUCAGGAAAGGCAGUCUCAACAGCAAGUCUCAAAAUUGCAACAGGAUAUAGAGUCUCUAAAAGGCGAGAACCUAACAGAUCCUAUAGUCAUAAAGCAUUUACACGAUGAUCUAUUCCCAUCUAAUCCGCAAUUCGAUGCGACCAAGCAUAAUAUAAAUAGUAGUGAAGUUCCUCAAGAUUCAAGUUUGCCGAAUUCAGAUAGUUCCAAACUGUUGGCAAAUGCUUAUUCCAGUAAGAUAUCGGACACCUCUCAAAGCCCACCUUUGAAUUCCCAUGCAGAUUUUUUUGGCACCUCAUCUUCAAACCGAUCUGCGUCAUCAACAGCUGGUAAUAAGAAGUCAGUAUCCGCUUUAUCAUCUUCACUAGAUUCUCAUAAUUACUUCAAUGAUUUUUUAGAUCAUGAUCCUGAAGGUGCAAACGAGCAGUACCAUUUUGUUCCUGCUAGUGGUAUACACGGUAGUACAUCAAAAGUUGUGGCCAAUCAACAUAGAAGAAAAGCAUGGGACUGGAACUUACUCCCGAAAGUUGGAGCUUCAGUUCUUGUACGAGCACACUCUUUCAAUGUCGUUUUUGUUCCAAUAGAUGGAGAAAUCAAGCAAAUCCUCUACAAUCCAACUUAUAACAAAAAUUUUAGGACAAUGAAUAUUUUUGUAUCCUUCAACUUGGAGACAACGCCUAAAGAUUCAUUGGUACAUUCAAAAAAAAGGCUAGCCUCAUUCGGUAAUUAUAUUACACAUUAUCUGAAAUCCAGAAUGUAUGCUUAUCAAUGUUAUCCUUUUUUCAUUCAGGGAUCUGAGGAGGAUACAAAUUCCAAAACGUAUGCAUCAGUAAACUCUUCAUACGAUUAUGCUGAAAUUGAGGCCAUAAUUUCAUUGUGGAACAUGCAAGCUCAAAAGUUUUAUACAAAUACCAACUCUUCGUUUUUUUCUUCAGAAGUUGUACAAAUUCUAUUACAAAGGAAAGCACAUGCUAGACACAAAUCCACCAUUCAAAAGACAGUCCUCUUUCAGGAGAAAGGAUCGACUGCAGGUGAAGAAAAAAUUGUCACUGAAUGCUUUGACGAUAUUGACAUCUUACUUCUACGACCACUAGCAGAUACCCAGCUUGGAUGGCAAAUUGCGUACGAUGAACCAAAUCUCAAUAUUGCAGAUUAUCCUCUCGAUUUAUCGCCUUGGAGAUUAAGAGAGGAAAAUUCUGACAAGAUACUUGGACCGCAUAUGGAUGGCACUGAAUCGUCUCAAGUGAAAAUAGUAAGUGAUGAAAGUGAACUUGAUCAAGUUAAUAGGGAAACUGCUGCUGAGUAUCUUUUCGAUUGUAUGGGCAGAAAAAUAGGCACAUUGUCUGAUGAUUUUGCGGCAUCUUCAAAUCAAAUGGGCUUGAACACAACAGAAGAAAAUCAAAGCAAAGCUAGUACUGAAAGCACAAAAAAAAAGCAUAGUGUCAGUCGGCCAGCCAAAAGGUCAGGAUUGGCAAAUUUGUUCAAAAGAAAGCAUACCGCAACAACUUCUGAAACAUUGGUUGGUACUGCAGAAUCUGACAGUACAGAAAGUAAAAACAGAAGCAAACGUACUCAAUCGAUUCAAAACUCGUGGUUAGAGGAUUACUUCAGUAGAUCCUUGGGAAACUAUAAGCGGGUGGGAUUAUCGACUCAAUACUAUCUACCUGAAGACAUUACCACAAGUAAAUCGCAUGCACCAACAGAUGAUGAAAUAUCAGAGGCAAAAAAGGCGUUUCUCUUUAGCAAAGAAAGUCUGCAAAUAAGACUGCCUUUUGCUGAUAAUAUGAUACCCACAAUAUAUGCACCGUGGGUGUGGUCGUGUUUAAGUUAUAAUAAAUGGAAGCCGCUCUUGAGGGAAAUGUAUAGAUGUAUUAUACCUGGUGGAUUUGCAUUAAGUGCAGUUUAUGAUUUGAAGAUUGCCAACACGUUCACUUCUUGUGCUGACGAUCCGGUUCAUGAAUUUCCAAGCACAUUAGAACGGGACAAAACUUUUGAUGCAAUUACAUUGAAGGCAAUGAAUGAUGGCGUGCACAUUUUCCCAACAAAACAUUUCGUUCAGGCAUUCAAAAGUGUGGGGUUCUCUAAUGUGAAAUUCUCGCUUUUGAGCUUAAAAACUGGUGAUUUCUCCACAGAAAUGGGUUGCCUUAAUGAACUUUCUUCUCAAAUAGUAUGGGAUAUUUUACUCAGAAAAGAAGGAUCGGAUCCAAAUAAACCACCCAAAGAUACGAACCCAACUACUCUUUUUCAACGUUAUACUAAGGAGCAUAUGGGAAAAAUCGAUGAGAACGCAGGUUGUUUUAGGGUACUUUUGAUUGUCGGUCAAAAGCUCAAUAAAAAUAUACAUGCUUAA